AUGGACGAGUGGACGUUUCUCGACGAGGUCGACGUCCUUUCCAAAUGGCCGGCCGAACACCGGAAAGUGGUCACUGAAGGGGGCAAAUGGAGCGAAAGACGCGACGCUUUGGAGGUUUUUUUCUACAGGAAAAAAAUGGAAAAAAAUGGACGGAAAAAAAUAUUUUUUUACAUUUUUCCGGUAAAAAAUGAAGGUUUUUUUCCACGAAAAAAACCAAAUAAGUCGAGCAAAAUGGGAUUUUUUUAAAGGUAAAAAAACUGCGAAAAUUCAUGUUUUUCUGGUUUUAUAUUGAAAAAUGUAGCUUGAACUUUAUAUAAAAAUCGAUUUUAGGACAUUUUUUGACAGAAAACUCCUUUUUUUAGCCAUUUUGAAGCGAUAUUUUCGAUAAAGUUUAAUAUCGUAAUUAAAAAAAAACCAGAAAAUUGCCAAAAUUGCUCUUCGAACCAAUAAAUCAAAUGAGACCUGAUUUUCCAGGCCUUGAAUAAAUUGAUGGAGGAAAAUCCGAGACUUUCCACGACGUCCUUGACCAUUUACGGGGAACUUAUGGAUGAACUGAGGAAGGUUUGAUCAUACAUGGGCUAACCAACUACUUUCUGUGACGUCAUCACGUACCCCCCUUGAAAAAGUACGUACCCCCCCGCGGAUAACUUUCGAUGUGAAAUGAUUAUCAAAGUAAAGAUAAAAAUUGAAUGAGACUAUUAUCUUGUUUCGCGGGCUUUCGGAAGUAUAUUCAGCUAGGUGUCAACACUCCAAAACAGAAAUAUUUCAACUUUUAGCGUAGACCCCCAAAAUCCGAAAAUCGAUCUGUUUUCAAUGUUAUCCUACAUUAUGAAGUGAGUUUUAUGAUUUGGCCAAGUUUCGAGCCGUUUGGAUGAGUUUUAAGAAAAAUAAUUUUUUGGGUCACCGGAAAUUGAUAUCUUGAAAUUUUGAAUUUUGAAGCCUGGAAACUUGAAGCAUAUACUUUAUUUAGAGUUAACUCAAAGUUGAUAACGAUUUUGAGCCAAAAAAUUGUAGAUUUCCAGAAAUCAUUUUCUUAUGGGGUCAAAAGUUGAUUUUUUUUUAAAUAUUUUCCAAACGGCUUAAAAUUUGGUAAGCAUGUAUAUUUCAUUCAUUAGUACCAUUUAAACUAGGAUUCAGGUCGAUUAAUCAGCUCUGGAAUUUUUUAUAAGGCUAUUUCUACGAUUCCCCGCGAUUUUAUCUACCGUUCGGAGCUAGGCAAAAAGAUAGGCAACGAAUUUCCUACUAAAUGUACUUUAAAAAGCUCGAUAAAUAAUAUGGAUGCAUUUUCCGCGGCUUAGAAAGCCACCUGAAUGAAUAGGGGGGCCCGAAAGUGAAAAACAGCCUGUUAGCCCACGUAUGGGUUUGAUUUUUUUAAAUCCCUCAAAUUCUCAUAUUUAUUCACAUUUUCUCUGAAAUGCCCGAAUUUCCUUGUUGUUAAUGUUUUUUUAAGUCCCUUCUUCAUUGAAUUUUUUCAUGGAUCUUCAAUGAAUUUUACCUCCAAAACGUCAAUAUUUCUGAAAAAUUUAACAAAUUCUAAUAUUAUCUUAUUUCCUUAAAAAUUUGCAUAGUUUUUUUGACAUUUUUCUCUGAAAAAAACUCAAGUUUCUUGAGUUUUUUUGUCAUAAUUUCCCGAAUUUUUCUGAUCAAUUUCCUAUAUUUCUUGUCAUUUUUUUCUCAAAAUUUGAAGUCAAAUUCCAAUUUUUUUCUAAAUUUUCCCUUCAAAUUUUUCACAUUUCUUUCCUUUUUUUCGAAACCUCAACUUUUUGAUAUUUGAUCUCAGGUUCUGUUUUUUUUGCUUCAAAAUAAACCUUAAAUUCCAAUUUUUCUUGAUUUUUUCUCUAAAACACUCAAGUUUUUUGUUAUUUUUAUUUCAAAUUCCCAAAUUUUCCACAAAAUCUUAAUUUUCUUGACGUUUCACCUAAAUUUUCGAUUUUUCUUCGAAAUACACCUCGAAUUCCUAGUUUUUUUUUCAAAAAUUUUUUCUUGAAAUGACAAUUUUUUUAAUAAUUCACCUUAAAACUUCCUAUAUUGACUUUUUCUCUCAAAAUUCCCGAAUAUCUCAACAUAAAACUAGAUUUUUAGUUUUUUGCCGUAUUUUUUAAUUUUUUUUUUACCUCUCCGUCUAAAUUUCAACAUUUUUCCAUAUUUCGUCUUGAAUUACCCGAAAUUCCUCUAUUUAUUGACAUUUCUUCUCAAAAUACUGGCUUCCUUGUCAUUUUACUUUAAAUUCUUAGAUUCCUUGACAUUUGAAAAUAAAUUUCUUGCAGAUUCUCGACCGAGAAUCCAACAUCGUCGUGGUUUCCACGGCGGCAAGAACUGCCGAAUUGUUGGCCCAGGGUCUUCGAACCAAAUUUGGUCCAUUUGUCGGAAUGGUAGGAUUUUUCUUUUUUAGAUUAUUAGAUGUACCUUUUCUUUCAAAACAUCCCUUUAUGUACCUUUUUAUGUACAUUUUUUUGUCGAGAAAUAUCAAAAAAAAUCCGUUUUUCUGUUUUAGGCGCUCGAAAUUUAGUUGGAAAUUGACUGAAACUUUUAAAGCUUCUUAAACCGAAAACAAAAUUUCUUGCGAAAAAAAUUUUUUUUAUGGGUUUAUCUCAUUUUUUAAGCUUGAAAUUACGUUUCUUCGAAUUUGUCCGAGCUUCAAAACAGUAUAAAUCGGCUAUAAAUGGUUUUUUUUCCCGAAGUUUUUAAAACAGAAAUCCAGCGAAUUUCAUUUUUUUCGCGAAUUCUCACAAAAAAAUUACGCUAUAACUUGUUAUUAAAUCGAAAAAAAUUUACACAUUUUAAUUUCCAGGUCCUCCCAUUUCUGAUCAAAAGAUCAAAAGACAAGAAGAAAAAAACGUCCGCGACGCCGUUUCCAGUGCUCUUUUUGCCGUUUCCCAAACGGUUCAGUUUUUGAAAAAUGGAAGAAAAAAAUAUUAAAUUUUAAUUUAUUCUGAAGAAAAAAAUUCUUUUUUUCAAAAAGAUUUUCAUCAAUUUUUUUGGUAUUUUUUUAUGAUGAGCUUAUCAUUAUAAAAUACUCAAUAUCGAAAUUGUAAAAUAAUAGAUUAUAAGCCUGUUUCAAGGAACCUUUUUGUUGGGUUUUUUUGAAUUUUGGAGGUUUUUACAGGAUACAAUUCACAAAAUAUGUAUUUUAAUUUGGAUGAAAAAUUUUAUUGUUUUUUUUUAAUUCGGAGAAAAAAGUUCAAUAUUUAACGGAAAGUAGAACUUUUAGGCUGAUUUUUGCAUUUCCAUGGUCAAAAAAAUGGUAUAAAACAGCUUUUUUUUUUCAAUUUUUUCUUGGAUUUUCCAAAAUUUUUGAAACUUCUCCAGGUCAAAGAAGCCUUCAGACGGUUUUCUAAGGACCAGAAAAACUUGAAAAACUAUGAAUUUAGAAAACUUAUAGCCAAAAAUAACGUCAAAAAAAUUCGAUAACUUUAUUGAAUUUAGACGAUUCCGGAACGAAUCCAAAAAGAUUUAAUGGAAGGAAUGGCUCUGCCGUCGCCAGAAGUCAAGCAAACCCUUCUCGAAUUCAUUUAUAAGUUGGAAUUUUCGUGAUUUUUUUCGAAUAAAGUUGUAUUUUUUUGCAGAUAUUGUAAAUUUCUUGACGCCGUUGAUGUUCCCUUCUUCAAAGCCGUCACGCCAUUGGUCGUCAAGGUUCAUUAUUAUUUUUUUGAAGGGAAAUUUCCAAAAGUUUUUCUCUUAAGGGAAAAUCGAGAUUUUGAGAAAACUAUUCUAAAAAAAAAUUUGAGUUUUUUUGAACGUAUCAAUGAAUUUUUGUGUUCUAAAACGUGUUUUCUAGAAUUCGUAAUGGCGGAAAAAAAGAAUAUAUGAAUAUAGAUUUAAAAAAAUUUUUCCGGGAAAAAAAUGAAAAAUUCGUUAGUAACACUGAACCCCGUUUCAGGAAUAUUUUAAAUAUAUACUUUAUUUGCGAAAAAAAUCGAUUUACACAUUCGCUGUCAUGAAGGUAGAAUGAAAAAAAGACCAGCGAAAAUUCAAACGGCGACUUUUCCGAUUUUUUCGUAUCGCUAGGGAACUUUCCGACGGCCACCUUUCCGCCGAAUCUUUUUCCGACUUUUCCCUUAUAUUUUUCGGUUUAAAAACAUUUAUUAACAUUAUUUUCCUAUUUCUUUGUGUUUAAAUCAGAACCAACUACCUACUUUAUAUAGGAAGAUUUAAAACAAAGAUUUUAUCGAGAAAAAAAGUCGUAAAAAGAUUCGGCGGAAAGGUGGCCGUCGGAAAGUUCCGUAGCGAUUUGAAAAAAUCGGAAAAGUCGCCGUUUGAAUUUUCGCUGUUCUGCACGCUAUUUCGCAUAUUUUUCGACAAUUUAUGAAGCCUAAGAAGCUUCACGAAAACACCGGAGUGGUCCCUAGAGAGAUUAGAGAAAAAUCAGUUAUUAGAGGGCUAAAAUUUAAAUGGUCCUUAUAGGGGUGAAGGGUCUGAAGACUAUGCCCCUAAAGCUUAAGUGGUCCCUAUAGCGGUCUUUUAAUUUUUUAAUUUUUUGGAGCCUUGUUUGUCUUUUUUGAGGGACCGCCAGAAUGCUCCCCUAGUGUGGCCCAUUUUGCAACAUUCAUGUGAGGGGAAGGUGAAGUGGUCCCUUAAGGGGAGCCUUCAAGAGUCUUUAAGAUUGCCCCUCUAGGGACCACUUUGGGGGGGGGGUAAAAAUCAUAGUUUUUCUGAAAAUCUGGCUCCUCUAGAAUGGUCACUGACAAAACGCCUAAAGUGACCACUUUUGUGAGCUUUAGCGCUCUAUAGGGAAAGUGAAGUGGUCCCUUAAGGGAAGCCUUUAAGAGCUCUUAAGAUUACCUCUCUAGUGACCUCUCUGGCGCGUAAACAUUAAAAUGUUUCAAAAAAUUCUAUCAGGCUCUCCUAGAGUGACCACUUUUGUGAGCUUCAGCGCCCUAUAGAGAGAGGUGAAGUGGGUAGUUAAGGGAAGCGUGGAAGAUCCCCCAAAGUUGUCCCUCUAGUGGCCACUCUGGCGGGUAAAUAUUAAAAUGUUUUAAAAAUUCUAUCAGGCUCUCCUAGAGUGACCACUUUUGUGAGCUUCAGCGCCCUAUAGAGAGAGGUGAAGUGGUCCCUUAAGGGAGCCUUCAAAAUUCCCUAAGAUUGUCCCUCUAGUGGCCACUCUGGCGGGUAAACAUCAUAGUUUAUCUGAAAAUCUGGCUCCUCUAGAGUGGUCACUGACAAAAACGCCUAGAGGGACCACUUUUGUUAGCUUUAGCGCCCUAUAGAGAGAGGUUAAGUGGUCGCUUAAGGGGAGCCUAAAGUUGUCCCUCUAAUGGUCACUCUGGCGUUCCUAAGAUUAAUUUCAGAAUCUUGAAAUGCUUUUCUUGUGAGCAACGAUCAUACGAAGAAGCUCGAUUGACUAUUCAAAAAUAUAGAUGGCGAGUGACAGUGAUGUGACGGUUCGGGACAAGGCCUGCGCGGCUCUCGGAUCGAUCCGAAGGCUUCUGGGCCCUGGAGCGGCCGCUUUUCUCGGCCCCAUCGCCACGGACAACGCGAAAAUGGAAAAGGUAAUGAAAUCAAUCAACAUUUUGUUCAUUUCUGAACACUUUCCCCAGGGCCUUUGA